AUGGUGUUUAUCGCGCUCCUGUCCAGCGGUGUGGUCAUUGAUUCCGUGCCAGACCCGCUGGACGAUGAAGCGGUGGUCCGUGCGAAUCGCAAAUUUUCGGUCGAACAUUUCAAAGCCUGCUUCGAUGCGCAGGAAAACACCCUCGUGUCACCGUACCACAUCCGGUUGGUCCUGUCCGCGCUCUAUCCCUUCGCUGGUGCCGCGGUGCAGGAGGAUUUCCGGGUGGCGUUCGGACUGCCGGAGGACCCGCAGGCAGUCGCCGAUCAGCAGCGCCGCCUGGCGGAAGAACUCAACAUCCCCGGUCACCCUUUCCGGGCCGUACCGUUUCUGGUGGCCGAGCAAACACUUCCACUCGCGGUGCAGUUCGGGAACCAGAUCCGCAACGGAACCGCCUUCGAGGCGGUCGACCUCACAGAUGACGUUCCGUCAGCGGCCGCCGUCAACGCAUACUACCAGCGAGCGAGAAUCGAACUGGAUGAUCUUAUCACCGAGGGGGACGUCUUCUCGUUGGAACCACACUUCAAAUUUAUGGCCUUCAGCGGAGUGUCCCUAAUGGGCCCGUUACCGGGCGUUAGCUUCCUGGCGCGCGACACCAAACCCGGCCCGUUUCGGUUCGUGAACGUUCCCACCCGGCAGGUGCCGAUAAUGUCCACCAAGGCAGCGGUUCGGUACGGCCACCAUCACGAGCUGCGGUGUGCCGUUGUCGAACUGCCGCUCGGUGCUGACAGUGGACUGGCACUGCAGCUGCUCCUUCCGGACGGGGGCAGCGAGUUGGAAACGCUAGUGACCGGCCUGAACGUGGACCGGCUCAAAGAAAUCGAAGACGGGCUGCGGAGCUUGGUGGCGGAAGUGAGGCUGCCCAGAUUCAUGGUCCGCGAGAAAACGAACGUCAAAACGAUCCUCGCCAAACUCGGCUACGGCGGAGUGUUUGAGAUCAACGAUUUAAACGUGUUCCUAGUCGGUGGCCGUGCACGGUUAGACGGGUUCUUCCAGCACUGCUACCUCGCCGUCGAGGAGCGGGGAGCGACGGAAACGACGGUGGCGGCCACGGAGGCGCUGCACGAUCCACCGGAAGUGGUGUUUAACGCGAACCGGCCAUUUUUGUUUCUGCUGCGCCGGGUGCAGGACGGAAACGUGCUAAUGGUGGGACACUUUUCGAAAUACAUUGAUCCCGACGAACAGUUUUGA